UUUGAGGGACCGUAUACACCACAUUAAACACCAAUGUACAGCACUAGCUACUACACUGCUUGCCCAUCACUCAUCACUUAUCGCAUAUAACCACACACCUCCUUCCUUCCAUUCAUCCCCUCUACAUUCCACCAUGCAGAAACCAUCAGCCAUCACCGCCACCCUAGCCCUCUCUGCCCUCUUCCUCUUCCUCCUAUCCUCAACGUCCCAAGCGCACAACAUUACGCGCAUACUCGACAAGCACCCCUCCCUCACCACCUUCAACCACUACCUCAGCCUUACCCACCUCGCCACUGAGAUCAACCGCCGCCAGACCAUCACCGUCCUCGCCCUCGACAAUGCCGCCAUGUCAUCCCUCAUUUCCAAAGGACUCCCGAUUUACACCAUAAAAAAUGUACUCUCCCUCCAUGUUCUCGUGGAUUACUUUGGCUCCAAGAAACUUCACCAGAUCACCCACGGCACCACCUUGGCUAGCAGCAUGUUCCAGGCCACAGGGGUGGCGGCCGGGACCUCCGGGUACGUGAACAUCACCAACCUCAAGGGCGGUAAAGUCGGGUUUGGAGCUGAAGACAAUGAUGGUAAACUCAACUCCUUCUAUGUCAAGUCUGUGCUGGAGAUGCCGUACAACAUCUCUGUCUUGCAAAUCAGUCAGGUACUAACUUCCGCUGAAGCCGAGGCGCCAACUGCCGGACCAAGCCAGCUGAAUCUAACGGCCAUCAUCUCAAAGCAAGGCUGCAAAGCCUUCGCCGACUUGCUCAAAGCUUCCGGAGCCGACUUCACCUUCGAGACAAACAUCGACGGUGGCCUGACGGUGUUCUGCCCGACUGACUCCGUCGUCAACGCCUUCCUCCCCAAGUACAAAAAACUAACGGCGUCCCAGAAGCUGUCGCUGCUGCUCUACCACGGUGUCCCGGUCUACCAGUCCCUCCAGGAUCUCAAAUCCAACAACGGCCUCGUCAACACGCUGGCCACAGACAAGGCGAAGAAGUUCGAUUUCACGGUUCAGAGUGACGGUGAGGUUGUCAAUUUGGAGACGGAGGUGGUGACGGCGAAGAUCACGGGGACGGUGAUCGAUCAGGAGCCGUUGGUGGUUUAUAAGGUGAACAAGGUAUUGCAGCCAACGGAACUGUUUAAGGCGACGGUGGCUCCCGCACCGAAGGAGGUGGAUGAUUCGGCUGAGGCACCAUCGGAUGAUUCGGAAGAUCAGACGGCUGAUAGUGAGAAGAAUGGAGUUGCGGGAUUGGACGGUGGGAGAUUGGUCACGGUUGUUUUGAGUUUUUGCGUCGGGGUUUUGCUUUUGUGAUUGGUUUGAGAAGGGUAUUAUUUUUGUGAUUGAUUUUUAUUUCUUUAAUUUAAUCUGGUGAAUAAUAUGUUGUAAAGAUGUAUUGUGUUAUUACAAUUAUUUUGCAUGUUAUACCAUUUAAACACAAAGAGAAUAUUGUUGUGAAGUGAAAUUGAGGUGUAUAAUGAUUUGCAUAAUGAAGAAACUCUCGUAUUAAAGAUUA